UUUUGUGUAAGCUCCAACGAUCCCAUCUCUUACAGAGGACAUAAAAAGUAGAGGAAUAUAUGUAUACAUAUAAAUAUAUAUAAGAAUAACAAAUAGACCCACAUAAAUACAAUAUCUCAGAUAAUCUCUUAAUUGUUAAAAGAAGAAGAAUUGAAGAGGUUAAUAUUGAGGUAAUAUGGGGAGGGGGAGAGUGGAGCUGAAGAGAAUAGAGAACAAGAUCAACAGGCAGGUGACUUUCUCAAAGAGAAGAAAUGGUUUGCUCAAGAAAGCCUAUGAACUCUCUGUGCUUUGUGAUGCUGAGGUUGCCCUCAUCAUCUUCUCUAGCCGUGGCAAGCUCCAUGAGUUUGGAAGUGCUGGUAUGACCAAAACCCUCGAACGAUACCAACAUUCCUGCUUCAAUCCUGAGGAAAACAGCACUGAACGUGAAGCACAGAGCUGGUAUCAAGAAGUCACAAAACUGAAGGCUAAAUAUGAAUCCCUUCUGCGCACUCAAAGGCAAUUGCUUGGGGAAGAUCUCGGACCACUGAAUGUGAAGGAGUUGCAAAAUCUUGAAAAACAACUUGAAGGAGCUCUUGCACAGGCCAGGCAAAGGAAGACACAGCUUAUGAUUGAACAAAUGGAGGACCUGCGCAAAAAGGAGCGUCACCUUGGAGAUCUUAACAAGCAGCUGAGGGUCAAGCUGGAGACAGAAGGACAAAAUCUUAAAGCCAUCCAAAACAUGUGGAGCUCGAAUGCAGCAGCUGGAAGUAGCAGCUUUUCUUUCCAUUCUUCCCAAACCAACCCCAUGGACUGCCAACCUCAUGAACCUGUCUUGCAAAUAGGGUACCAUCAAUAUCUUCCUGCUGAGGGGCCUUCGAUUUCGAAGAGCAUGGCUUGUGAGACCAACUUCAUCCAGGGAUGGGUUCUUUGAAAGUCUGAUCAAUAUGAAAAAUAAAGGAUAAUUUAUAUAUAUAUAUAUAUAUAUAUAUAUAUUUAUGAUUGUCCAUAUGCAUGGCUUCAUUGUACU